AUGAGGGAAAGCGACAAUCCUCUGCAGUUCGCCAACUCCUUGUCCACCUGGAAGCUCGCGCUUCCGCAGGGAGCUAGAUGGAAGGAGGGUUCCCGCCAGCCGGACAGUCGUCACCGCCCCUUGCGGUGCGUCACCAAUCACAGUGGCGUUCUCGUGUGGCUCCGCCUCCGGAAGACUCCACUGCACACCCGGCAUUCUCUUAACUUGUUUUUGUUUUGUUAUUGUUUAGCAUUACAGACUUCCUUAGUUUUUUCCAGAGAUUUUGGUUUGCUUGUAUUUGUUCGGAAGUCACUCAGCAUGGAUGAAUUUCGUGAUUGUAGAGAAGAAAUUCUAAAAUUUUUAUGUAUUUUCUUAGAAAAAAUUGGCCAGAAGAUUGAGCCUUACUCUCUUGAUACUAAGAAUACUUGUACCAGUGUUUAUACAAAAGAUAGAGCUGCUAAAUGUAAAAUUCCUGCCUUGGAUCUCCUUAUUAAGUUACUUCAGACUUUGAGAAGUUCUAGACUCAUGGAUGAAUUUAAAAUUGGAGAAUUAUUUAGUAAAUUCUAUGGGGAACUUGCAAUGAAAACAAAAAUAUCAGAUACAGUUUUAGAAAAAGUAUAUGAACUUCUAGGAGUAUUAGGAGAAGUUCAUCCUACGGCGAUGAUAAAUAAUUCAGAAAACCUGUUCCGGGCUUUUCUGGGUGAACUGAAGACUCAGAUGACAUCAGCUGUACGAGAGCCCAAGCUACCUGUAGUGGCAGGAUGUCUGAAGGGGUUGUCUUCACUUCUGUGUAAUUUCACUAAGUCUGUGGAGGAAGAUCCCCAGACUUCAAGGGAGAUUUUUGAAUUUGCACUAAAGGCAGUUUGUCCUCAGAUUGAUCUGAAAAGAUAUGCUGUGCCCUCAGCUGGCUUGCGUUUACUCACCCUGCAUGCAGCCCAGUUUAGUGCCUUCCUUCUGGACAACUACAUCUCUUUAUUUGAAGUACUGUCAAAAUGGUGUGGCCAUACAAAUGUGGAAUUGAAAAAAGCUGCAUAUUCAGCCCUGGAAUCCUUUCUGAAACAGGUUUCUUUAAUGGUGGCAAAAAAUGCAGAAAUGCAUAAGAGUAAGCUGCAGUAUUUUAUGGAGCAGUUCUAUGGAAUCAUCAGAAACGUGGAUUCAAACAGCAAGGAGUUAUCCAUUGCUAUUCGUGGAUAUGGACUUUUUGCGGGACCUUGCAAGGUUGUAAAUGCACAAGAUGUGGACUUCAUGUACAUUGAGCUCCUUCAGCGCUGCAAGCAGAUGUUCCUCACGCAGGUGGACGCUGCUGAGGACCAUGUGUACCAGAUGCCCAGUUUCCUCCAGUCCAUUGCAAGCGUGCUGCUUUGCCUUGACACACUUCCUGAGGUGUACACCCCAGUUCUGGAGCAUCUCAUGGUGGUGCAGAUAGACAGUUUCCCACAGUAUAGUCCAAAGAUGCAGUUGGUGUGCUGUAGAGCCAUGGUAAAGAUGUUCCUGGCCUUAGCAGAAAAAGGACCAGUCCUCUGGAACUGUAUUAGUACCGUGGUGCAUCAGAGUUUAAUCAGAAUAUGUUCUAAACCAGUGAUCCUUCAAAAGGGUGCUGAGCCUAUAUCUGAGGACCCUCAUGCCUUGGGGGAUGUCAGAACUGGGAAAUGGAAAACGCCUACGUGCAGAGAUUAUGUCGAUCUUUUUAGAAAUCUCCUGAGCUGUGACCAGAUGAUGGAUUCUAUCAUAGCAGAUGAAGCAUUUUUCUUAGUGAAUUCCUCCCUUCAAAGUCUGAACCGUUUACUGUAUGAUGAAUUUAUAAAAUCUGUUUUGAAGAUCAUUGAGAAAUUAGAUCUAACAUUAGAAUCACAGAUAGUUGGGGAACAAGAGGAUGGAGAUGGAACUGCUGGUGUUCAUGUGUUCCCAACUUCAGAUCCAGCUGCAAAUUUACAUCCUGCUAAACCUAAAGACUUUUCAGCUUUCAUUAACCUGGUGGAAUUAUGCAGAGAGAUUCUCCCUGAGAAACAAGUAGGGUUCUUUGAGCCUUGGGUGUACUCAUUUGCGUAUGAGUUAGUGUUGCAGUCUGUGCGGUUGCCCCUCAUCAGUGGUUUCUACAAACUGCUUUCUAUUGCAGUGAAAAAUGCCAAGAAAAUAAAAUAUUUUGAGGGAGUUAGUCCAAAGAGUCUGAAACACUCUCCUGAGGACCCAGAAAAAUAUUCUUGCUUUGCUUUAUUUGCAAAAUUUGGUAAAGAGGUAGCAGUUAAAAUGAAGCAGUAUAAAGAUGAGCUUUUGGCCUCCUGCUUGACCUUUAUUCUGUCCCUGCCACAUGACAUCAUUGAACUUGAUGUUAGAGCCUAUGUCCCUGCACUACAGAUGGCCUUCAAACUGGGUCUGAGCUAUACCCCCUUGGCAGAAGUAGGCUUGAAUGCUCUGGAAGAAUGGUCAGUUUACAUCCACAAACAUGUAAUUCAGCCUCAUUACAAAGACAUUCUCCCCUGGCUUGAUGAAUAUCUGAAAACUUCAGCCUUAUCAGAUGAGACCAAGAAUAACUGGGAAUUGUCAGCACUUUCUCGGGCUGCCCAGAAGGGAUUUAAUAAAGCUGUGUUAAAGCACCUGAAAAGGACAAAGAACACGUCAUUGAAUGAAGCACUGUCCUUAGAAGGAGUAAAGAUUAGAAUAGUGCAAAUGCUUGGCUCUCUAGGAGGACGAAUCAACAAAAAUCUCUUGACAGCUGCAUCCUCAGAUGAAAUGAUGAAGAAAUGUGUGGCAUGGGACAGAGAGAAGAGGCUCAGCUUUGCCGUGCCCUUCAGGGAGAUGAAGCCUGUCAUCUACCUGGACGUGCUUUUGCCACGGGUGACAGAGUUAGCUCUCACGGCCAGUGACAGACAAACUAAGGUUGCAGCUUGUGAACUGUUACAUAGCAUGGUUAUGUUUCUGCUGGGCAAAGCUACCCAAAUGCCUGAAGGGGAUCAGGGAGCUCCUCCCAUGUACCAGCUUUAUAAGCGGACUUUUCCUGUGCUGCUUCGUCUCGCCUGUGAUGUAGAUCAGGUGACAAGGCAGUUGUAUGAGCCACUAGUAAUGCAGCUGAUCCACUGGUUCACUAAUAAUAAGAAAUUUGAAAGUCAGGACACUGUCGCCUUGCUGGAAGCUAUAUUGGAUGGCAUUGUAGACCCUGUUGACAGCACUUUAAGAGAUUUUUGUGGUCAGUGUAUUAGAGAAUUCCUCAAAUGGUCCAUUAAGCAGACAACACCACAGCAGCAGGAAAAGAGUCCAGUGAACACCAAAUCACUUUUCAAGCGGCUAUAUAGCCUGGCACUACAUCCCAAUGCUUUCAAGAGGCUUGGAGCAUCCCUGGCUUUUAAUAAUAUCUACCGAGAGUUCAGGGAAGAAGAGUCUCUGGUGGAAGCGUUUGUGUUUGAAGCCCUGGUGACCUAUAUGGAAAGUCUAGCCUUAGCACAUGCAGAUGAGAAGUCCUUUGGGAAAAGAGGAGCAAAGGGAAAGCAGGCCGAAGUGGCCAACCAAGAAGCUAAAGAAGAUUUACCAGCAGAAAACGGAGAAACUAAAACUGAGGAGAAUCCAGCCGCUGACGAAGCAGGAGAGAAAGAAGUCAAGGGCUUCCUUCCUUCAGAAUCCUUGUGUUUACUGGAUCUGGUCAAGUGGCUGCUGGCCCAGUGUGGGAGGCCACAGAUGGAAUGUCGGCACAAAUCCAUAGAGCUCUUUUAUAAAUUUGUCCCAUUAUUGCCAGGCAACAAAUCCCCUUCUUUAUGGCUGAAGGAGGUUAUCAAGGAAGAAGGUGUGUCUUUCCUCAUAAACACGUUUGAGGGGGGUGGUGGCUGUGGUCCGCCUGGGGGCAUCCUGACCCAGCCCACCCUGUCCCACCUUCCGGGGCCAUUCAGCUUGCGAGUAGUGCUGCACUGGCUGGACCUGCUGCUGGCUGCACUGGAGUGCUACAACACCUUCCUGCAGGCUGGUGCUGUGCAGGCGCCUGGGCUCCUGGGUGCUGAAACACAGUCUUCACUUUUGAAGGCGGUGGCUUUCUUUUUAGAAAGCAUUGCUAUGCAUGAUACUAUAGCAGCGGAAAGGUGCUUUGGCACCAGGGCAGCCAGUCACAGGCCUAGCCCACAGGAAGGGGAAAUGUACAACUACAGCAAGUGCACGGUCAUAGUCCGGAUCAUGGAGUUCACCACCACCCUGCUCAGCACCUCCCCGGAAGGGUGGAAGCUGCUGGAUUUGUGUAAUGUGGACCUUAUGAAACUCUUGUUGAAAACACUGUGUGAGCCUGUGAGCGUGGGUUUCAAUGUUGGCGAUGUCCACGUUAUGGAUCAUCUCCCCCGUGUUUGUGUGAACCUAAUGAAAGCGCUAAAGACAUCCCCCUACAAAGACACCCUGGAGACCCACCUGAGGGAGACAGUCACAGCACAGAGCCUUGAGAAGCUUUGUGCUAUUGACUUAUGGGGCCCUGACUCGCACCUGGACAGGGCCAAGCUGGCAUCUGUCGUGUCUGCCUGCAAACAGCUUCACAGAGCUGGAUUGUUGCAUGUAAUCUUACCAUCUCAGUCUACAGAUCUUCAUCACUCUGUUGGCACAAAACUGCUUUUCCUGGUUUAUAAGGGCAUUGCCCCUGGAUAUGAGAGACAGUGUCUGCCUUUGCUAGACCCCAGCUGUAAGCGACUGGCCAUUGGACUUCUGGAGCUGGCCUUUGCUUUUGGAGGACUGUGUGGUCACCUUGUGAGUCUUCUCCUGGACACUGCGGUGUUGUCCAUACCCUCCACAGGCAGCUCGCCAAGAAGCAUCAUCAGCUUCUCCCACGGAGAAUAUUUCUAUAGCUUGUUCUCUGAAACAAUCAACACUGAACUGUUGGAAAACAUAGAUCUUGCUGUAUUGGAGCUCAUGAAAUCAUCAGUGGAUAAUCCCAAAAUGGUGAGUGCCGUUUUGAAUGGGAUGUUAGAUCAGAGCUUCAAGGACCGAGCAGGACUUCAGCAUCAAGGACGGAGACUUGCCACUACCAUUCUACAAAACUGGAGAAAGUUUGACAAGUGGUGGGCCAAGGAUUCUACUCCUGAAAGCAAAAUGGCAGUGCUAGCUUUACUGGCAAAGAUACUGCAGAUUGAUUCAUCUGUAUCUUUUAGUGCUAAUCACAGCUCAUUCCUGGAAGUCUUUACAACGUACACUAGUCUACUGGCUGAUGCAAAGUUGGAUCUCCAUUUAAAGGGCCAAGCUGUCACUCUUCUUCCCUUCUUCACCGGCCUCACCGGGGGCAGCCUGGAGGACCUACACCAUGUUCUUGAAAAGCUCAUCGUUUCUAGCUUCCCUCUGAAGUCUCAUGAAUUCCCACCAGGGACUUUGCAGUACAAUAAUUAUGCAGACUGCAUGAAUAAGUUUCUGGAUGCACUGGAAUUAUCUCAAAGUCCUAUAUUGUUGCAGUUGAUGACAGAAAUUCUUUGUCGAGAACAGGAACAUGUUAUGGAAGAAUUGUUUCAGUCUACUUUCAAGAGGAUUGCCGGAAGGGGUGCAUGUGUUACACAAGUAGGCCUUCUGGAAAGUGUAUGCAGAAUGUUCAGGAGGGAUGAGCUACUUUUAAGUACCACUCGGCAAGCAUUUGUAGAUCGUGUUCUGCUUACUCUGUUGUGGCACUGCAGCCUGGAUGCAUUAAGAGAAUUCUUUAGCAAAAUCGUGGUGGAUGCCAUUGAUGUGUUAAAGUCCAGGUUUACAAAGCUAAAUGAAUCUGCCUUUGAUACUCAAAUCACCAAGAAGAUGGGCUAUUAUAAGAUGCUAGAGGUGAUGUAUUCUCGUCUUCCAAAAGAUGAUGUUCACUCUAAAGAAUCUAAAGUUAAUCAAGUUUUCCAUGGCUCCUGUAUUACAGAAGGAAAUGAACUUACAAAGACACUGAUUAAGUUGUGCCACAAUGCGUUUACGGAGAACAUGGCUGGGGAGACUCAGCUGCUGGGGAGGAGGAGACUUUAUCACUGUGCUGCGUACAACUGUGCCAUCUCUGUCAUCUGUUGUGUCUUCGAUGACCUAAAAUUUUACCAAGGUUUUCUGUUCAGUGAAAAACCAGAAAAGAACUUGCUUAUUUUUGAGAAUCUGGUAGACCUGAAACGCUGCUAUACCUUUCCUGUAGAAGUUGAGGUUCCAAUGGAAAGAAAGAAAAAAUACAUGGAAAUUAGGAAAGAAGCCAGGGAAAUAGCAAGUGGGGAUUCAGAUGGUCCUCGUUAUAUGUCUUCCUUGUCGUAUUUGGCAGAUAGCAGCCUGAGUGAGGAAAUGAGUCAAUUUGAUUUCUCAACUGGAGUUCAGAGCUAUUCAUACAGCUCCCAAGACCUUAAUCCUCCCACUAGUCGUUUCCGGAGAUGGGACCAUCAGGACCCCAUGGAGCCAGGUGGUCCCCUGGAGCUAGAGAUGGAUGAGCUCAACCAGCACGAGUGCAUGGCCCCGAUGACAGCGCUGGUCCAGCACAUGCACAAGCAUCUUAGUCCCCCCUUGGGGGAGGAGGGUUCAGUACUAAGAGCUCUUCCUCCUUGGAUGCAAUUUCUCCAUAGCAAACUUGGAAACCCAUCAGUACCAUUAAAUAUCCGUCUCUUCUUAGCCAAGCUUGUUAUUAAUACAGAAGAGGUCUUUCGCCCUUUUGCAAAGCACUGGCUCGGUCCCUUGGUGCAGCUGGCUGUUUCUGAAAUUAGCGAAAGAGAAGGCAUUCACUACUUGGUGGUUGAGAUUGUGGUUACUGUUCUUUCAUGGACAGGCGUGGCUACUCCUGCGGGGGUCCCUAAAGAUGAAAUACUAGCAAAUCGGUUGCUCCAUUUCCUAAUGAAGCAUGUCUUUCAUCCAAAAAGAGCUGUAUUUAGACACAACCUUGAAAUUAUAAAAACCCUCGUUGAAUGCUGGAAGGAUUGCUUAUCCAUCCCUUACAGGUUAAUAUUUGAAAAAUUUUCCAGUAAAGAUCCUAAUUCUAAGGACAAUUCAGUAGGAAUUCAAUUACUAGGCAUCGUAAUGGCCAAUGACUUGCCUCCCCAUGACCCAAAGUGUGGUGUGGAGAGUCUCCAGUACUUUCAAGCUUUGGUCAAUAAUAUGUCCUUUGUGAAAUAUAAAGAGGUGUAUGCAGCAGCGGCAGAAGUUCUGGGACUUGUUCUUCAGUAUAUUACGGAGAGAAAAAAUAUACUGGAAGAGUCUGUGUGUGACUUGGUUAUAAAACAAUUGAGGCAACAGCAGAACACUAUGGAGGACAAAUUCAUCGUGUGCUUGAACAAAGUCACCAAGAGCUUCCCUCCUCUUGCUGACAGGUUCAUGAACACCGUGUUCUUCCUGCUGCCAAAGUUUCACGGAGUGAUGAAGACGCUGUGUCUGGAGGUGGUAUUUUGCCGUGCUGAGGAAACAGCAGACCUGUACUUCCAGUUAAAGAGCAAGGACUUUGUUCAAAUCGUGAGGCACAGAGAUGAUGAAAGACAAAAAGUGUGUCUGGAUGUAAUUUAUAAGAUGAUGGCAAAAUUGAAACCAGGAGAACUCCACGAACUGCUAUCCCCAGUUGUGGAAUUUGUUUCCCAUCCUUCUGCAGUGUGCAGGAAGCGGAUGUAUAAUAUUCUCAUGUGGAUUCAUGACAAUUAUGGAGAUCCAGAAAGUCACACAGAUGAUGACUCUCAGGAAAUAUUUAAGUUGGCCAAAGACGUGCUGAUUCAAGGACUGAUUGAUGAGAACCCUGAGCUUCAAUUAAUUAUUCGGAAUUUCUGGAGCCAUGAAACUAGAUUACCUUCAAACGCCUUGGACCGAUUAUUGGCACUAAACUCCUUAUAUUCUCCUGAGAUUGAAGUGCACUUCUUAAGUUUGGCAACAGAUUUUCUGCUUGAGAUGACCAGCCUGAGCCCAGACUAUCCAAACCCCAUGUUUGAGCAUCCUUUGUCAGAAUGUGAAUUUCAGGAGUACACCAUUGACUCUGGCUGGCGCUGCCCAAGCACUGUGCUCACGCCGAUGUUUGUUGAGACCCAGGCCUCCCAGGCUACUCUCCAGACCCGAGCUCAGGAGGGGACUCUGUCACGCCAGCCAAUGGCUGGGCAGAUAAGGGCCACUCAACAGCAGUGUGACUUCACACCAACACAGACAGCAGAUGGAAGAAGCUCAUUUAACUGGCUGACAGGGAGCAGCCUUGACCUGCUGGCGGAUCAUGCAGCUUCCUCAUCAGAUUCCUUGUCCUCCUCCUUGCUAUUUGCCCAUAAGAGGAGUGAAAAGUCACAGCGAGCACCCUUGAAGACAGUGGGACCUGAUUUUGGGAAAAAAAGGCUGAGCCUUCCAGGAGAUGAGCUGAAUAACAAAGUGAAAGGCACUGACUGUCGGACAGAAAUACUAAGAUUACGCAGACGGUUUUUAAAAGAUCCAGAAAAACUCAGUUUGAUUUAUGCCAGAAAAGGUGUUGCUGAACAAAAGCGAGAGAAGGAGAUGAAGAGUGAGUUAAAAAUGAAGCAGGACGCUCAGGUCAUCCUGUACAGAAGCUACCGGCACGGAGACCUUCCUGACAUUCAGAUCAAGCACAGCAGCCUCAUCACUCCCUUGCAGGCUGUGGCCCAGAGAGACCCAUUAUUUGCAAAACAGCUCUUUAGCAGCUUGUUUUCUGGAAUUUUGAAAGAGGUGGAUAAAUUUAAGACGACAUCUGAAAAAGACAGCAUCACUCAAAAGUUACUCCACGACUUCAAUCAUUUUCUCGAUACUACUUUCUCUUUCUUCCCACCUUUUGUCUCUUGUGUCCAGGAGGUCAGUUGCCAGCAUGCAGGCUUGCGGAACCUUGACCCAGCCGCUGCCAGUGCCAGCUGCCUGGCCAGUCUACAGCAGCCCGUGGGCAUCUGCCUGCUGGAGGAGGCUCUGCUCCACCUGCCGCCUGCAGAGCUACCUGCCAAGCGCAUUCGAGGGAAGACCCCCCUUCCUCCUGAUGUCGUCAGAUGGGUGGAGCUGGCUAAGCUAUAUAGAUCAAUUGGAGAAUAUGAUGUCCUUCAUGGUAUUUUUAACACUGAGAUAGGAACAAAGCAGAUCACUCAGAAUGCACUAUUAGCGGAAGCCAGAAGUGAUUAUUCUGAAGCUGCUAAGCAGUAUGAUGAGGCCCUCAAUAAACAAGAGUGGGUGGAUGGUGAGCCCACGGAGGCUGAGAAGGACUUUUGGGAACUUGCAUCUCUUGACUGUUAUAACCACCUUGCUGAGUGGAAAUCACUUGAAUACUGUUCUACCGCAAAUAUAGACAGUAAGAGCCCUCCAGAUCUAAGUAAAAUUUGGAGUGAACCUUUUUAUCAGGAAACAUACCUGCCUUACCUGAUCCGCAGCAAGCUGAAGCUGCUGCUGCGAGGUGAGGGGGACCAGACCCUGCUAACAUUCUUGGAUGAGGCCAUGAAGGUGGAGCUCCGCAAGGCCCUUCUGGAGCUGCAGUACAGUCAGGAACUGAGCCUACUCUACCUCCUGCAGGAUGACGUGGGCAGAGCCCGAUACUAUGUCGAGAAUGGCAUUCGGGCUUUUAUGCAGAAUUAUUCUAGCAUUGAUGCCCUCUUACACAGAAGCAGGCUCACCAAACUGCAAUCUGUACAAGCUUUAACAGAAAUUCAAGAGUUCAUCAACUUUAUAAGCAAAGAAGGUAAUUUAUCAUCUCAAGCUCCCCUUGAGAGACUUUUAAAAACCUGGAUGAACAGAUAUCCAGAUGCUAAAAUGGACCCAUUAAACAUUUGGAAUGACAUCAUUACAAAUCGAUGUUUCUUUCUUAGCAAAAUAGAGGAGAAGCUGCCUUGUCUUCUAGAUGAUCACAGCAUGAACGUGGAUGGAGAUAAGGACCCCAGGGAUGGCAGGGAUGCACCCGAGCAGGAAGAUGUCAGGUCCCUGAUCCAGAGCUGCAAGUUCUCCAUGAAAAUGGCAAUGGUGGAAAGUGCACGGAAGCAGAACAACUUCUCACUUGCCAUGAAACUGUUGAAAGAACUGCAUAAAGAGUCGAAAACCCGAGAGGACUGUCUGGUGAAGUGGGUGCAGAGUUAUUGCCGCCUGAGCCAGGCCCGGAGCCAGGCCCAGCAGCCCCCCAAGCAGAUCCGUGCUGUGCUGAAGACAGUCUCUCUGUUGGAUGAGAACAAUACCUCAAGCUACUUAAGAAGAAACGUUCUGGCUUUCCAUGAUCAGAACAUUCUCCGGGGCACAGCAUGCAGGAUUAUAGCUGAUGCUCUCAGCAGUGAGCCAGCUUGCCUUGCUGGACUCGAGGAUAGCAAGGCUAGAAAGAUUUGGGACCUCUCUGGGUGCAGCUCUGAGAGUACUGAGAAGGUGAUUGCGGGUCUGUACCAGAGAGCGUUCCAUCACCUCUCCACGGCUGUGCAGAUGGCUGAAGAAGCUCAGCCUUCCUCCUGGGACCAUGGGCCUACAGCUGGGGUGACUAAGGCCUACAUGAUGCUGGUGGAUUUCUGUGACCAGCAGCUCCGCCGGGAGGAAGAAAAUGCAGCAGUUAUUGACUCUGUAGAGCUGCAGGCGUAUCCAGCACUUGUGGUGGAAAAAAUGUUGAAAGCUUUAAAAUUAAAUUCCAAUGAGGCCAGGCUGAAGUUUCCUAGAUUACUUCAGAUUAUAGAACAGUACCCAGAAGAGACCUUGAGCCUAAUGACAAAAGAGAUGUCUUCUGUCCCAUGCUGGCAGUUCAUUGGCUGGACCAGCCACAUGGUGGCCCUGCUGGACAAGGAAGAGGCUGUGGCCGUGCAGCACACUGUGGGGGAGAUUGCCGACAACUACCCACAGGCCAUUGUGUACCCGUUUAUAAUAAGCAGUGAGAGCUUUUCCUUCAGAGAUACUUCUGCUGGUCAUAAGAAUAAGGAGUUUGUGGCAAGGAUUAAAAGUAAAUUGGAUCAAGGAGGAGUGAUUCAAGAUUUUAUUAAUGCCCUAGAACAGCUCUCUAACCCUGACCUGCUCUUUAAGGACUGGACCAAUGAUAUAAAAGUUGAACUAGCACAAACCCCAGUAAAUAAAAAAAAAAUUGAAAAAAUGUAUGAAAGAAUGUAUGCAGCCUUGGGUGACCUGAAGGCUCCAGGCCUGGGGGCCUUUAGAAGGAAGUUUAUUCAGGCCUUUGGGAAAGAAUUUGAUAAGCACUUUGGGAAAGGAGGCUGUAAGCUGCCAGACAUGCAGCCGGGCACUUUCGCCAACAUCACCAAUGCACUGCUGAGCCGCAUGGGCCCAGCCUCAAGGCCGCCCGGCAACCUGCAUGAGUGCUCACCCUGGAUGAGCAGUUUCCAGGUGGAGUUCCUCAGACAGGAGCUUGAGGUUCCUGGUCAGUAUGAUGGCAGGGGGAAACCAUUGCCUGAAUACCACGCACGCAUUGCUGGGUUUGACGAGAGGGUAAAAGUAAUGGCCUCCCUCAGAAAACCGAAGCGCAUUGUUAUCCGAGGCCACGAUGAGAGAGAAUACCCUUUCCUGGUGAAGGGGGGUGAGGACUUGCGGCAGGACCAGCGCAUUGAGCAGCUCUUCCAGGUCAUGAACCUCAUCCUGUCCGGUGACGCUGCCUGCAGUCAGAGAGACAUGCAGCUAAGGACAUACCGUGUCGUGCCCAUGACCUCCAGAUUAGGAUUAAUUGAAUGGAUUGAAAAUACUAUCACCUUGAAGGACCUUCUCUGGAAUAGCAUGUCACCAGAGGAGAGAGCAGCACACUUGAGAGCACCAGUGGGUGAAUAUAAAGACUGGCUGGCAAAAAUGUCAGGAAGACAUGAUGUUGGAGCUUAUAGUCUCAUGUAUAAGAGAGCAAAUCGUACUGAAACAGUCACAUCUUUCAGGAAAAGAGAAAGCAAAGUGCCAGUGGGUCUCCUGAAGCGGGCCUUUGUGCGGAUGAGCACAGGCCCAGAGGCCUUCCUGGCUCUCCGCUCCCACUUCGCCAGCUCACAUGCUCUGAUGUGUGUCAGCCACUGGGUCCUCGGGAUUGGAGACAGACACCUGAACAACUUCAUGGUGUCCAUGGAGACUGGUGACAUGAUUGGGAUUGACUUUGGACAUGCGUUUGGAUCCGCUACCCAGUUUCUCCCAGUCCCUGAGUUGAUGCCUUUUCGCCUAACUCGUCAGUUUAUCACUCUGAUGUUGCCAAUGAAGGAGACAGGACUUUUGUACUGUAUCAUGGUGCAUGCCCUGCGGGCCUUCCGUGCCAACCCUGGCCUGCUCACUGACACCAUGGAUGUAUUUGUAAAGGAGCCCUCCUUUGACUGGAAAAAUUUUGAACGAAAAAUGCUGGAGAAAGGAGGAUCAUGGAUUCAAGAGAUAAAUGUAACUGAAAAAAAUUGGUAUCCCCGACAGAAAAUAUGUUAUGCUAAAAGGAAGUUAGCAGGUGCCAAUCCAGCCAUUAUUACUUGUGAUGAGUUACUUCUGGGCCACGAGAAGUCACCUGCCUUCAGGGAUUACAUGGCUGUUGCACGAGGAAGCAAAGGUCACAAUAUUCGUGCUCAGGAACCAGAGAGUGGACUUUCAGAGGAGAUGCAAGUGAAGUGCCUGAUUGAUCAGGCAACAGACCCCAACAUCCUUGGUAGGACUUGGGAGGGAUGGGAGCCCUGGAUGUGAGUCUGUGGGAGUCAGCAAAUAAUAAAUUGUUUGAAGAAGCUCCCUAAA